ACUUCGCACCAUCAACGAUUUAACGCACGUCCCUCCAUUGAUUUCCAUAAAAAUAAAAUAAAAAUAAAUAAUAAUUAAAAUCGCUCUAAAAUAAUUGAAUUUUCUGUGAACAAACCCGUAAUUUAAUACUCAAAAAAAUAAUCAAAUAGUUUAUCAUGGAUGCCGAUGACGAAAAAAUGCCCAUUCUGCGAAAGGCUUUCCAGAUGUUCGACACCACGAAAUCCGGAUAUAUUGAGACGAUUAAGAUCUCGACGUUGCUGAACACAAUGGGCCAGUUGUUCGAUGAGGCAGAGUUACAAGCGCUAAUUGACGAAAAUGACCCAGAUGCAACGGGAAAAGUGAAUUUCGAUGCGUUUUGUAAUAUUGUGGCGACGUUCCUGGAAGAGGAAGAUGACGAAGCGAUGCAACAGGAGUUGAAAGAGGCGUUUCGGUUAUACGAUCGCGAAGGAAAUGGUUACAUUACAACGAGUACCUUAAAAGAAAUCUUAGCUGCCCUCGAUGACAAACUGUCUAGCUCCGACUUGGAUGGCAUCAUCGCUGAAAUCGACACUGACGGAUCCGGAACUGUUGACUUUGAUGAAUUCAUGGAAAUGAUGACUGGCGAUUAAAUCAAAAAAUCAUUUAAGCAUCUAAUCGCGUUCCUACAACUCGACCACUGUCAAAAAAACCUCCUUUCUGAGAAAUCCCCAUAAUUGAAUCAACCGUCGUCAACGUGCCUUCCUUUGAUAUUCUGUGUUUUUUCCGUUAUUUAUCUAGUUGUACGUUAGAGACUCUCCGUCAUCACUCACGUUUAAUCAAAACCAACCGACAAAUUUCACACACACGAUGUUUGUAAAAAAAAUAAAUUUGUUGUACUUCCCGUGAUUUCCUGGAAUUAUCAUAAUAAAGAAAGCAACAAAAAAGUUGAUAGUAUUAUUAUGUGAAUAAAAACCAAAUUAUUAUAAAUAAAUAAGGAAACAAGCAAAAAAGCGAGUGAAAAACGCUGUAUAAUGAGAUA